AUGAGGAAGGCGUUGAGAAAGGCGUUUGAGGGCAUUACUGCUAGAGACUCGGUCUCGGUGGAUGCGAAGAAUGAUGAGAUCGAGAGGGAGAGGGAGAGUGAGAGUGAGACUUCCAAGCCGGGUUUCGACAACGUACACCCCUCCAAGUACUACCGCCAAACGACUCCACCGACACCCAAGGACAUCCUUCGAUAUCGCUACCAACACGGCACAAAUCUCGGCGGGAUCUUUGUCCUCGAACGAUGGAUGUUCGGGAGCAUGUUCGAUCAGAGUUGUUCGGGGGACAGUGAACUUGACGCCGUGAUUGCGUCCAUCACCGCUCAUGGCCUCGAUGCAACCCGCCAGAAAUGGGAGGCUCACUGGGCCAACGCUCUCACCGAUUCGGACCUCGACUGGCUCGUCGACUCGGCCCACUGCAAUGCAAUUCGGCUGCCCAUCGGCUAUUUCACCUUGGGACCAGCCUUUUGUGCCAACACGGCCUUCGCCAUGGAGCCUUCGCAAGUCUAUGUCAACGCAUGGUCCGGCGUCAAGCGCCUGGUCUGGCGAUGUUUCCAGCGCGGCAUCGGUGUCCUCAUCGACCUGCACGGGGUUCCCGGCGGAGCAAAUCGCGAGACACACUCCGGCACGAGCAGCGGCAAGGCCGAGCUAUGGGCCAACCCGUCCAACCUCGACCUUGCGACCCGAUGUCUGAUAUUCAUUGCGGAGGAGGUCUCCCGGGACCCACAGCUGACCGGUGUAAUUGGACUCCAGGUCUGCAACGAAGCCAUCUUCGACCCGCCUGGAAUGUACGAGUGGUACAACGACGUUAUACAACAGAUAUCCCGUUUGGAUUCGUCCCUACCGAUCUAUAUCAGCGACGGGUGGGAUUUGGGUCGCGCCGUACGUUUCACUCGAGCGUACAACAACCCGGAAACGCGGAGCUGCCCGGUGAUCGUGGACACGCACAAAUACUGGACCUUUGACGCCAAGGACACGUCGCGCUCCCCUUACGAGAUCAUCCAAGAAGUCAAGACACAAGAGCUGCACGAACUCGACUCGACUCUUGUCGGGGAUGUCUUUUCCCACCAAGCUGCGGUGGCCGUGUUCGUCGGCGAGUACAGUCUCGCACUGGCGCCACAGACAUGGAGCAAAGCCCCGGAAGAUCAGAAACCAGAGUUGAUGCGGCAAUUUGGACAGGCUCAGAGUCACAAAUGGCAGAGCAGAGCGUCGGGCGCGGCGUUCUGGACCUUCAAGAUGGACUGGAUGCCCGGUUGGGAAUGGGGGUUUAGAGCAUCCGUCGAUGCCGGACAGGUGGUGUGCUCAAGGGGAUCGGCCAUGACGGUCGCAGCGAUGAAAUCCCGGCUUGCGCGCGCGGACGAAAACAAGUCGUCACUCUCGUCCAACGCCACAAGGACCCACACCGAGUAUUGGAAGACCACGGCUCCCGGAGCGAAAUUCGAACAUCGGCUGUACACCCAGGGUUGGGAACUGGGCUGGGCCGACGCACGAGAUUUCUUUGCGGCACGCUUGCACGGUUAUAUUCCUUGGGGGGACGGGACGACUAUGGCUCCCGAUCAUGAAUCCCCUCCUCCUCCUCCUCCACCGCUUCUGGACGAGAACCAAGUGAUAACCGCAGACACGAUCGGCGCAUUAGAUCUCUGGAUUCUGAAACGCAUGCGUGAAGCCCGAGUGUCGCAUCCCAAAUCGUGUCCCAUGGGCUGGGAAUUCGAGCACGGGUUUCGCAAGGGGGUGAGUGAUUUUGAGGGCCAUUGUGUCCGUGCAGAGGCAGAGAGGCAGACCGCAGUGUGA